AGCUGCCACCAGCAAGAGGCACCAGAAUGACCCAUUUUGCUGUGCACUGUGCUGCGAAACCCUGCUUGGGAGGAGUGACUGACUGCUGGGCUAAGCUGGUGGGGCUCAGCUUCCCCUCUAAAGCCCUGGGCUGGAGGUAUUGACGGGCUGGGUGUGUGACCCAGGGAGAGGAGGGAAGUGCAAGGCUGGGAUCCUGCUCACAAAUGAGGGUGGGGAGGAGUUGUGUUAAAUACUGGAUUGUCCAUGUGGCUGGAAUCUUAAGGAGAUCUCCAGGUGUGUCCUAUUUGGCUUACGACUGGAAGGAGAGCAUCUCACUGACCCCUCCACUCCAUUCUUGCGCUUGUCCAUGGCCAUAGAGUGAGACACGCUGAUGUGCUGUAAGUAACUCAAAGCGAGGUCUAAACUUCUGUCCAGAGGGAUCUAACAGGGUCCUGCCCCUGCUAAUUCAGUGGGGGCCCGUGGCAAAGAGAUGAUGGACAGACAGCUGCAGAACAAGGAGAUAGUCUCUUGGGACUCAUCCAGGCUAGACCCCCUCUCUUUUCCAGGGUUAGUCUCUCCAGAAAGGUGGUAUGGACCCGUCAGGAGAGCCAGGAGAAGGUCUGCACCUGUCCCCGGGCUUGGAUAGGGAGGGGUGAGGAUGGCUGGGCAAGAAGCUGCUGCAGCCAAAGCAAGGGGCUAGAGUGGCCAAGCAACCAGAGAGGCCUGCUAAGAGCCCAGGCGCACAAGCUUGGGCGCCUUUUAUACUCAAGUGCCUCUGACAAGCCUGCGUGGGGGAGGCUCAGCAGGGUUUGGCCAUGGGGUAGGGGUGAAAUCCUGAGCAAGCAGGUCAACUUAUAAAGGGGUGGCUGUUUGGGGAUGGGGGAGCAAGGGACCUGCCACUGAGCUUAACUAGGCAGAGUGCUGCACCAAGUUGGGUCUGGCAUGGGCGACCUGAGCAGGGGGAUGGGGCAGUGGGAUUGCUACCGUGGCUCUUGUCCCUGAAAGACUACAACUGUCCAUGCAACCAGCAGGAGGAAAUGAUGUGGAAAAAACUGCACUGGGACCUCUAGAAGCAGAGUCACAGGUCAAAGGCUGCUGGCUCUGGAGAAGAGGGUGGACCAGUGAGGUACCUCGAUAUCUUUGAAAAUCUGCCCUAUGCACUAGAUCUGCAGAUCCCUAGUAAGGGUUCCUUGCCCACUCCUCUCUACCUGCCCUGAGGGGCCGUCAGCUCUUGUGCUCAGCGGUGUCCUUUCCCUCAAGUAGGUGCAUGCGUGAGUGUCUACUGGAGGCUAGGGCUUGGCCUGGUAAACGCCUACCAUCCUUGCCUUGCAGCCCUGCUGUGCCUGGGGCAGUGUCAGGCUGUAGAAAGGCCCCGCUGUAUCGUGCCACUAAUGGCUGCCCGCAGGGCUGGGGAUCUGCCUGGCUGAGAAUCACUCACCUCGCAUGAGUGUCAGAGGUCAUUACAGCUGACACGUGCAUGCAUCGCCUACCCCCAGGCAUGGGAGCUGGGCCUGGGAUUGUGCCUCCCUGCCAACCCUCCUGCUCAUUACUGGAUGUGAAAAUAGCCCAGCGGCUCCACACCCCUUAAAAUCGCUGCUAGAAAUAAAUCUGUUUAUGAGAGAAGGCUGUAAAACCACAAGGACGCAGGCUUUUGUGGGGUUGCCUGUGGCUGGGUGAGGCAUGCCAGGGCUCAGCAAUCAGUGAGGCCCUGCUGCUGCGACUCUGCUUGCUCUAUUUGAGGAAAGGCUAUUUGUAACUUUCCUAGAGAAAAGGCUUCCCUUGUAAUUAGCAAUGUACAUGGUGUCAUUUACCACUGCCUGGUACAUAAUACUGGGCAAAUACAGCUUUCAACCCCACAAGUGCUCGUGCCCUGCUAGCUACCGCUCGGCCGGGAUCAAGCCAUAAACAGCAGCAGCAUCUGCGUCUUCUCUACUCCUGGAGUCAUGUCUAUCGCACAUACGGCGGCCGAGUACAUGCUCUCUGAUGCUUUGCUCCCGGAACCCAGCGGCUCCCGAGCCAAAGGCCUUCGCCUGGAGUUACCGUGCGACCGCGUUGUGAAGUUUGUUGCGGUGGGCCUGCCCCUGUUCCUGGUGUCCCUGGCAUUUGCGCGGGAGUUUUCCAUGGGGACCCAGAUCAGCUGUUUCUCGCCCGCCAACUUCACAGGGAAGCAGUCUGCAUACGUUGAUACGUCUUGCUGGGAUUCCUUGAUCCACUAUGAAUUUGAUGCUGCUGGAAACACUACAGCCAAAUCCCUCUGGACUCUCAAGGCCUUCCCCUACUCCCUGCUGCUCAUCGCGGUGGCCAUGUACCUGCCCUCCCUGCUGUGGCGAUACACAGCUGCGCCUGCGCUGAACAGCGACCUGCUCUUCAUCAUCGAUGAGCUGGACAAGUCCUACAACCGCUCCAUCCGCCUGGUGCAGCACAUGGUGAAGGUCCGCCAAGCCAGCACGGAUGCCCGGCUCUUCUGGGAGGAGUUUGAGAAGGCUCGCAGGGAGCGGUACUUUGAGUUCCCACUGCUGGAGCGGUACCUGGCCUGCAAGCAGCGCUCGCACUCGCUGGUGGGCGCCUACCUGCUGCGGAACCUGCUGCUGCUGCUGCUCAUCACUGCUACCUGUCUCUACCUGGGAUUCCUCCACCUCCGCGUCUUUUUCCAAGAUGAAUUCAGCUGCUCCAUCAAGACAGGGCUCCUGCGAGAUGAGCCCCAUGUUCCCGAUGUGAUUCCCUGCAAGCUGGUCUUCUUCUCUGUCUUCCAGCUGAUCAGCAUCUCCAACGGGGGUGGCUAUGUCCUCCUGGCACCUGUGGUCAUCUACAACAUGCUGCAGCUCCUCCAGUGGGACAAGCGCCUCCUGUCCAUCUACGAGAUGCUGCCUGCCUUCGACCUCCUCAGCAGGAAGAUGCUGACCUGCCCCUUGAACGACCUGAACAUCAUCCUCCUGUUCUUGCAGGCCAAUAUCUCUGAGCUCAAGUCUUUCAGCAGACUGAACGCGGUGUGCGCGCUGAGGGAGGUCACCUCCAGCCCACAGCACAUCGACACCGUGGUGGAUUUCAUGACCCUCCUCGCUGGCUUGGAGACAUCCAAACCGAAACACUCGGCUUGCGCUGCAGGGGCUGAAGGAAACCCUCCUUCUCCAAGCAGCGAGAUCCUAGAAAUAGAACCCACAGGAGAAGCUAAAAGAAACGCUGGCCCCAAGCCCAGCCUGCCUGGCUCUGCCUGAGUGGAGGACCCUGACAGAUUGCUGAGCAGGGAUGGGAAGAUCACAGCUCCCCUGCCGAGCCAUGACAAGAUGUUAGAGGACGACUAAGAAAUGUAGCAAUCAAAUCCAUGGGGUGAAUUCAGGCCACUGGCCUACACCCAGCUACUGCUCUUGGAUCGGCUCUGCGCUCAUCCCACCAAUGUUAUCAUGGCUGAAACUGUUCAUGGCUCUAGUGAUUUGUCAGAUCCAUUGAGCAACACCCAUGAAACUGGUUUUUAUCUGGACCAGUGUAAUCCUCACCCUGCCAUUCUCUUGGGUCCAGCUGCUCCAGUGUAGCCAUUCUGGUUUUAUAGCAAUUAUACCCCAGUAUAACUAUGGAUGCCAGAGGAGAUACUCCUGAUUUGUUCUAGCAUAAAUGAUCUCAGUGGAGUUACUUUUCCCCCGCCGGAAGUGAGAAUACCAGCAGGCCCAGGGGGCUGAGGAAGGCAUAUUCAGAAUGAAGCAGAGGAAAUGGAAUGAUUAUAAUUAAAAAGUAAACGCCGUGUAUUGCUCUUGCUUUAAAGGUGUUGGGAUUCUGCAGAAGUAGGCUGCUCUGAAGGACAGGGUGGUGCUAGGCUAGAACCCACAAGCCCUAAGCUGGGGACUACAACCCAGCUGGCCGAGCACAUGGUCCUGGCUCUCUCCCUUGGCAGCUGUAGGUGUCAGGCUUUAAAAGCAGCUGGAAACAAGAAGCAGGAGUCAGCACAACUGCCUCUGUGAAGAGCUACUGCCAUGUCAUAGAAUCAUAGGACUGGAGGGGACCCUGAGAGGUCAUCAGGUCCAGUCCCCUGCACUCAUAGCAGGACUAAGUUAUUAUCUAGACCAUUCCUGGUAGGUGUUUGUCUAACCUGCUCUUAAAUAUCUUCAAUGAUGGAGAUUCCACAACCUCCCUGGGCAAUUUAUUCCAGUGCUUAACCACCCUGACAAGAAGUUUUUCCUAAUGUCCAACCCAAACUGCCCUUGCUGCAAUUUAAGCCCAUUGUUUCUCGUCAUAGCCUCAAAGUUUAAGAGCACCACUUCUUCUCCCUCUUCCUUAUAACAACCUUUUCUGUUCUUGAAAACUUAUCAUGUCCCCUCUCAGUCUUCUCUUCUCCAGACUAAACAAACCCACUUCUUUCAAUCUUCCCUCAGAGGUCCUGUUUUCUAGACCUUUAAUCAUUUUUGUUGCUAGUCUCUGCACUCUCUCCAAUUUGUCCACAUCUUUCCUGAAAUGUAGAACUCAGAACUGGACACAAUAUUCCAGUUAAGGCCAUAUCAGCAUAGAGCAGAGCAGAAGAAUUACUUCUCAUGUCUUGCCUACACAUCUUGCUCCUGAGGUCCUUCCAACCCUGAUAUUCUAUAUAAUACGGCUGCUACUCUGAAACCUAUGAUUCUAUGAUACACACUCCUGCUAAUACAUCCCAGAGUGAUGUCAGGGAAGGUGGAGAGGAAACAGGGGGCAGGUGCUGCUAGUGAGGGAAGAUGGCCCAGGGGUUAGUGUGCUAGCCAGUGAUUUGUAGGUCCCUGCUCUGCCAUUGUCUGUACAGCUUACAAUAGAGUUAACAGGACUGCCCUGCCGUGCAGAGGUGAUGGGAGGAUAACUCCAUUAACGACCUGUGAGGUCACGGUGUUCAAGUACUCGGGUAAUAGGGGCCAUGUAAGU